AUGUGGAGAUCACUACUCCAACAACAACAACAACAUCAUCAGCAUCGUCUACUACUAUUCCAAUCCACAUGCUCUUCAUCUCAUUCCAUUUACAUGCGGGGAACUGCGGUGUGUUGGCCCCUCCUCUGCACAGUGCGGGGUAUUUCAGAGGGAUGGUGUUAUGAACACGUGGAUCCCACAACUGGACGAACCCCAUUAGAUGAAUUGUAUGAAAAACAACAAGAACGCAUUCAAGCCGUGUUUGAAAACCCACUUCCACCUAUGCCACGUGAUGGAAAUAUCAAUCCAGACUUUCUUGUGGGUUUCGCCCAUUAUCAAUAUCGAUUACGGGAUCAAUACCGUGCGGUGUUAGCAAGGGCACUGAAUGUACCAUUAUCAUCUCUACAACUCUCCGUAGCGUGGAGUGGUCGCUUUGAUGUGACUCGAUUUAAUCGUGUGCGGAAGGUGUGUGGAGUGUGUAUCACAACAAACCCUACAUCCUCUAUUCCACAAGGAAACGAAACAGAAAGAGAAAAGAAGGAAAAAGAGAAAAAAGAAGAACUACAAGAACGUAUUAAACGAGUAGUUCAUGCUAUUAAUGAACGAGAGUCCGAGACUUUAUUGGCAUUACAUCUUGUGCAGGCAUCAGAGGCCAUUCCAGAGGUGGAGUUUGCAGCCGCGGAACGUGAAAAUGUGGCUGCAGAGCGUAUAUAUAAAUGGAUGCGGGAAUCUAUUUUAAAACCGCAUAUUGUAGUGGUAUUGUAUGGACCCAAUAAUUUCAAUUCCAAUCUCAAUCUCAACAACAAUAACAACAAUCUUAAUAAAAAUAAGAAGAUGAGUGAAGAGAUGGAACGACAACGGAGGUUUAUUGAAGAAAAGUGGAUGAAAGCUUUUUUUCAUCGUCGCAUUAUUCCUCGUAUCUUGUCGUUUGCAGAUCUCACCAAACUCCUUCACACGGCGGUAGAGAAGGGCGAAGUAGCGGGUAUCACCAUUCAGAAAGAAGUAAAAGAAGAAAAAGAAAAAAAAGAAGAGAAAGAUAAGAAAACUUUAGAAAGAGAUGAGAUGCGAAUAGAAGUGCCCCCGUUGACUGACACGGCGGUGUGGGAGAAAUUACUUCGCAAGGCGGUAUUCCGCCGUCAUGAGGAUCGCGCGGUAUUUCCUGUUCUCUACGUGCACGGGGAGUGUGCGGGUGGGGCGGAGGAGAUGCGGUAUUUACUGCAGAAUACACCGGCGCUGGAUGCACUUCUCUUACAUCCCAACGAUGUGGCUUUUAAAAAGAAAUUCAUGAGUCGUCUUCGGGCCUCACACUCGCGAUUGCGAAUG